GCAAACACAAAAGUCGAAAAACGCGGCAAAAGACUUGGUGAAAUACACAAAAAACGCCGAGUCUCCUAUACAAAACUAAAAUUACAAACAUAUAGCCAUACAAGCAGACACGCCCACAAUUGAAUUGGCGCCCCUCAGCGGUGAAAUAGCAGCACUGUGUGGUAGUUGCAUAAAUUUAGGCGCGACAAUAGCCACAGCAGGACACAGUUGUGCACAGGAAGCGCCAAAGUCUAGCUGAGUAAUCAGCUCUAAAAAGUUACACACACCGACAUUCAUAGAACACAUGCAUACGUACAUAACACAUAUACAGGAAGCCCAGCUCAACAGGACGUGCAAUUGAAAAGUGCGCGCUUUCAUUGUGAACUUUGUGUUGUUUUGUUGCAGCAGCUGCGGGCAGCCAGAGUAACCUCUCUGUAUUUGGUCUGCCAGUGCAAAUCUAACUGCCGGAAAUAAACAGAAUUUGCAGCCAUUGAACUUUACGCAAAGCGAAAUCAAAUAUCCCACAUCACUGCCAUACACACACAAAGUGGUCUUAACUCCAGUUAAUUCGUGUGACACAAUCAAAAGGAAUUUAACCGAGCAAUGGAAUUAGUGUCAGGCAAAUCGACAUGAUGACAACCGCAAUUGAAACCACAUUUGUCACUCGCCAGGUGGCGUCCACAUCAGUCACAACAUUAAUAAGAAAGUCGUCGAAAUCAAACCGAACAAACCCACCAUCGGCAACAACAACUACAAUAACUGCAACAACGCAGUCGUGCAGGACACCUACAGAGACACGAGACAGACCGCAAAGUUUGUGCACAAGAAGCUCGCCAACAACAAGAACAACAAAACGUUAUUAUCACAAUCGCACAUCGUCGGCAGUAACCACGUGCACCACUGGACGCCGCAUGCGGCGACUACUUAAUGCACACUUGGUCAUUACAGCAACAACACUGCAGCAAUGUGCAGCUGUACGAUGGCAACUGUUGGUUGCCUUUCUCAUUUGCAACUGUAUUGAUAUUUCCAUUUCCAACCAAAUCUCGACAGUGGGCGCAUUCGAGCCGGAUUUCGUCUUCCCGCUGGAGAAUGUCACCGUAGCGCAGGGGCGCGAUGCGACCUUCACGUGCGUGGUCAAUAAUCUUGGCGGUCACAGGGUGAGUGGCGACUCCGCAAAUGCCAGGGUGGCUUGGAUUAAGGCCGAUGCGAAGGCGAUUCUGGCCAUACACGAGCACGUGAUAACGAACAAUGAUCGAUUGUCAGUCACACAUAAUGACUUCAAUACGUGGACGUUGGUCAUAAGGAAUGUGAGAAUGGAUGAUUCCGGCAAGUACAUGUGUCAAGUGAAUACGGAUCCCAUGAAAAUGCAAACAGCCACGCUGGAAGUGGUGAUACCACCGGAUAUUGUCAAUGAGGAGACAUCCGGUGACAUGAUGGUGCCCGAAGGUGGCUCAGCGAAGUUGGUGUGUCGGGCGCGUGGUCAUCCGAAGCCUAAAAUCACUUGGCGGCGAGAGGAUGGACGAGAGAUCAUCGCACGCAACGGCGCUCAUCAGAAGACCAAAGCUUUGGCCGUCGAAGGCGAAAUGCUGGCGCUGACCAAGGUGACACGCAGCGAAAUGGGCGCCUACAUGUGCAUCGCCUCGAAUGGUGUGCCGCCGUCAGUGAGCAAACGCAUGAAGCUGCAAGUGCAUUUUCACCCAUUGGUACAAGUUCCCAAUCAACUGGUCGGUGCGCCCGUUUUAACCGAUGUCACAUUGGUCUGUAAUGUGGAGGCAUCACCGAAAGCAAUCAACUAUUGGCAAAGAGAAAACGGUGAAAUGAUUAUCGCCGGUGAUCGGUAUGUGCUCACCGAGAAGGAAAAUAAUAUGUACUCAAUAGAGAUGAUUUUGCAUAUAAGACGCUUACAAACCAGUGAUUUCGGCGGUUAUAAAUGCAUUUCGAAGAACAGUAUUGGCGACACGGAAGGAACGAUACGAUUAUACGAAAUGGAAAGACCAGGCAAGAAAAAUCAAAGAGAAGAUGAUAAUGAAGUCACGAAAAAUGACGCGACACUGAAAGAUAGUCGUCACGAGGAUGGUUCACGUAAUCAAAAUGGACGCCUCUACAAGGAGCGCGGCAGCGAUGCGGAGCUGCAAAGUGCCGGUCAAACGCUCAGUCGGCGAUGGAGUACACAGUAUUUGCUGGCGCUAACGCUACUCGUAUCACUAGCAACAAGUGCAACGACAACAACAAUAACAACUAAAGCAGUUAUAAUGGUAAGCAGACGAAGUCUGAAUAAUUUAUAGCUCAAAAAUUGAAAGUAAGCACAACAAAACACAUACAUACAUACGUACGAAUGAAACCAAAAAAAAUGCAUAGCAAGGAAAUAUAAAGUACACGAAUAAGCAGAACAGCAGGCAUAAAUAUAGUUAAAAUAACGACUCAAUAAAUAAAUGUAAUAAAUAAUUAAAAUAAAAUAAAAUUAAAUUAUAGAAAUAUGCAAAAAAAGAAAUAUGGAAUUAUAGCGGUAUUAGCGUAAAGCAAACCAA